AUGUAUCUCACCACCCGCGCCUUCACCGACCCAAGCGACGCGGACCACAGCGUCUACAUCGGCAUAACCGCGAUCUUACUCGUGUGCUUCACCACCCUGACCCUCGCGGUGCGCAUCUGGGUGCGAUGGGGCAAAUACAGCUGGGACGACGCUUCCAUCUUCCUCGCGCAGAUGCUCGCGUACGGGCAGUUUGCGAGCGUGAUCGCGUCGUUGGUGUUGGGGUUGGGGAAGAGGUGGAGUGCGAUUGAGCAGGCGCAACAGAAUAACAUCGCAAGCAAUCUAACCGCCGCCAAAGUCCUCUACAUCCUCGUCCUCGGCUUCCUCAAAAUGGGCGUCACCUGGCCGAUCCGCCGCCUCUUCAGACGCAUGGGCAAACGAGUCCCCGUCAUCGCGUGUACGGUGCUCAUGGGCACGGAAGCCGUGUGGACGCUCGCGGCGAUUAUCGUGUUGUCCAUUGGAUGUCCGCCGAAUCAUAUUUUGCCGGGGACGGCGCCGCAGAAUAGUUGUGCGUUUGGGCCUGCGAGAUGGGGCGUCGUGACGAUUGUGGAUAUCGUGCAGGAAUUGGGCAUCGUGACCAUGUCGAUGGUUCUGCUGUCGUUGUUGAGGAGGAAGAUCAGCAAGGAAGAGAAACUGACGUCUCUGCUUGCGUUUGCGCUUCGGCCAGGAAUCAUCGUCUUCGCCGUCCUCGCAUACAUCUCCCGCAUCGCCACCAUCGAAACCCGCUACGCGCCCGAGAACGCCGGGCACGCACUGCAAUACACCUGGGUGCAGAUCUGGCAGGAAGUGCAACUGACCUACUCCAUGUUCACCGCGACCCUCCCCUUCGUGCUAGGCUUCAUGCGCAACUUCGACACCAACGUCAACAACCGCUCCUCCAUGUCCGCCGCCAUGAUCCUCGGCGCGUCCAAAAUUACCAGCCGCGCCGGCACCGCGCAUAGUCGACAUCAACCACCGCCCACGUUCGCGGGACAGAUGGAGCGGCGGGGCACGGCGGAGAGUCGACCUGGGGUGAUGCCUUCGAUGCCGGAUGAUGUGCACAAGUGGGAUCAGCCGGUGAAGUAUUCGGUCAAGAUUUAUUCGGCCGAUGAUGAUCAGAGUAUUGAUCGGAGUGUGGCGAAUGCGUCGGAGGAGAUGAUUACGGGGAUUCGGAGGAAUGAUGUUAUUACCGUGAGUGAUGAGGAGAAGGCGGGGAGGUAG